AUGCGCCCGCCGCUUCGGAUCGCCACCUUGGAAUGCGGCCCCGCGCCUCCAAAUGCUGAUAAACAAUAUAAUGGGUUCGGAGGCAUGUUCGAAGUACUGCUUACAAGCAGUGCGAAAGCACUAAAUCAGCCUGAACGUUUGAAUCCCGAGAACGGUCUGGAAAUUUCAGAAUGGGACAUCUACAAUAACAAAACAUAUCCCCAGCUGGAGGACAUUGAUGCCGUGCUUCUUACAGGUUCAGAAGACGACGCGUUCGAAGAUGUUCCGUGGAUCAACCGGCUCGUGGAAUUCACGCAACAAGUCCUAGCACAAGAUCGGGUUCGCAUUCUUGGAAUCUGCUUCGGACACCAAAUUGUCGGUCGUGCGUUAGGAGCGAAGGUUGGACGAAACGAUCAGGGCUGGGAAGCUGCUGUUUGUGACGUGGACCUGACAGAGAAAGGCAAAGAGCUGUUUGGAUUGGAGAAGCUUCAAAUUCAACAAAUGCACCUGGAUCUUGUUUUUGAUUGUCCCCCAGGUGUCACUCUGCUGGGCUCUUCGCCACUUUGUGCAGUGCAAGGAAUGUAUACCCCGCGGCGCUUUAUGACGGUUCAAGGUCAUCCUGAGUUUGAAGGUGAGCUACAGACGGAAAUUAUAAAGUCUUUGGAAAAUAAGGGCAUCUUCAGUGAGGUUCAGUCGCGGGAUGCUUUGGAUAGAGUCCAUAUCCCGCAUGACGGUGUUGCGAUUGGAUCGACUUUCCUGACGUUCUUACUGGAGGAAUGA